GCUAACUGCGGUACCUAUCCCGCAAGAGCUCUCUCGACCCAGCUACCAUAACCACGCCUUUCAUCACCUUCACUGUGUCUCACAGUUCCACUGUUUUCUUCCGAUUUCUCUGAUCCGAUUCAAAAAGGACUCUUUUGGUUCCUGAGAUUGCCCCCAAGUCAAAUAGAUCGCCGACGUCCAGUUCUUUGUGAUUCACGCCUCGCUGUGGCCGUAUCUAGGAGCGUCAUACCUGGCUGUCCAUCAUGGCGCUCGACAACUAUUAUCGCAACAAGAUUGAGAGCAUGAAGCUCGAAAUCAUUCAGGGUCAGGCUGUCUUACGGAGACUGGAAGCACAGCGCAAUGACUAUAAUUCGAGGGUGCGGUUACUUCGGGAAGAGCUCGGCCUGCUUCAACAGCCUGGAUCCUAUGUCGGGGAGGUAGUCAAAGUGAUGAGCACCAAGAAAGUCCUCGUCAAAGUGCAUCCCGAGGGCAAAUAUGUGGUGGACAUUGCGGAUGGCGUUGAUAUCAGCAAGCUCACUGUAGGAAAGAGGGUCGCUUUGCUCUCGGAUUCCUAUAAGUUGGAGAAGAUGCUACCCUCGUCGGUUGACCCGCUGGUGUCGCUAAUGAUGGUCGAGAAGGUGCCUGACAGCACGUAUGACAUGAUUGGUGGACUCGACCAGCAGAUCAAGGAAAUCAAGGAAGUCAUCGAGCUUGGCUUAAAACAUCCGGAGUUGUUCGAGUCGCUUGGUAUCGCACAGCCAAAGGGAGUACUUCUCUACGGACCUCCAGGAACCGGCAAAACCCUGCUUGCCCGAGCGGUAGCCCAUCACACCGAUUGUCGGUUUAUCAGAGUGAGCGGAUCGGAAUUGGUGCAAAAAUACAUCGGUGAAGGUAGCCGCAUGGUUCGCGAGCUAUUCGUAAUGGCUCGAGAGCAUGCUCCCAGUAUCAUAUUCAUGGAUGAGAUCGACAGCAUUGGAUCCAGCCGCAUAGACUCGGCGGGUUCGGGUGAUUCAGAGGUACAGCGGACGAUGCUUGAGCUUCUCAAUCAAUUGGACGGAUUUGAGCCUACCAAGAACAUCAAGAUCAUCAUGGCCACCAACCGGCUUGACAUCCUGGACCCGGCCUUGUUACGUCCUGGCCGGAUUGACCGGAAGAUUGAGUUCCCCCCGCCGUCGGUGGAAGCACGUGCCGAUAUUUUGCGAAUCCACUCGCGGUCGAUGAACUUGACGCGAGGCAUCAACCUAACGAAGAUUGCGGAGAAGAUGAACGGCUGUUCUGGAGCUGAACUGAAGGGUGUGUGCACGGAAGCAGGCAUGUACGCUCUGCGAGAGCGGCGAGUACAUGUUACUCAGGAGGAUUUCGACCUAGCCACCGCCAAGAUCCUCAACAAGCACGACGACAAAGAAGUCGCGGUCUCCAAGCUUUUCAAGUAAAGAAGGGUUGGCGUGUGAAUAGUACCAGAUUACUACAGCAAGAACUAUUGGCAUUUAUUUUCGAUGUUCUCUGAUGGCCGCCUCGCCGACAUCGCCACAUAUGUAUUCCAAUCAUAAC